UCUUCAAUGAGUGUAUCGGUUGAUACCAUGCAUUUAUUUGAGUGUCAUCGCGGCAGUAUGUAAUUUUUAACUGGUGUUCAGACGAAAGAUUAAAAUAACGCUUUUAUUUUCAUCGCGUAUUAAGUCGUGCAUUAGAUGCAAUACAGCUGGCGGGAAUUACAAGUUACAUGGACUAUACAUAAGUAAAAAUAGCUUUACCUUUAGUAGGUUUAGAUUUAGAUAGCAACGGACAGGAGUCCAGACUGUUAUGGAAUUUUUAUAUGUGCACGUAGACAUUAAUACAAUUUCACGAACAAGUAUGUGUUAUUUGUAUCAGUGGAACAUUCCGGUGUAAUAAUCAUGUUUAGUGGAAAUAAUAUGCACCAUCAAAUGAUUAUACCGUGAAAAUGCGGGAUAGGAGGGGAUUUGAUAGCUGGAUAUUUGCUUCGAACGAUAUUUAAUUGUGGCAAGUCUUCACGGACGCUUGUGCCACUAUUGCAGCGUCAGAAAGAUGAAUGUCGCGGUACCGGAUGUUCGAGAGUGCACCCGGCGAUUUGUCGCGUUCCGGAUAUGCUCCCCAGCUCUCUGCGUCGCUCUCAAUGACACAUGUCCCUGUUCACAAAGCAGCGACUUCCGGUGCGCAAACUCUCUGUGCAUAUCACCGCACUUCCGAUGUGACGGGAAACCAGACUGUUCCGGGGGCGAGGACGAGGUCGCGUGUCCGAGCAUGGGUCACUUGGUGUCCGAACAACCAGAGGAAAAUUCGAUGGCUGUGAUCGUCACCCUAGCAACCAUAUGCGCUCUUUUCUGCAUCGUCAUCCUCGUCAUGGUUGCUAGGUUCGUCAUUAAAAAGCGGAAGGCGGACACCUCAACAGACUACAAGUCAGGAUGCACGGAACCGUUCCGUCGGUCGUAUAUAACGGCUGAUACAAGUUCGUCAGACGAUAUCGAUAAAUCUAGUCGAAGAAUCAUUAAGUAUUAUCCAAUAGUCCCUAGCUCCAAAGAAGAUUGCGAUUUGGCACAUAGUAAGAAAGUCAGCUUAGAAAAGAUCGCAGUGGUCACAGAACGUCACACAAGCCGUGACGUCAUCGAUUGUGAAGAGAGGACAACCGAUUUAAAAGAUAGAAAUGUAGCUAUUGGUGAUAGUGUGGAAAUAAACGUACCUGAGGUAACGGGCAAAUCAACGAAAGCGGCAGGUGUUGGGAAAUACAUGUUCAAACCGAGAUUAAAAUACACUAACUGCAACGAAAUAUUGUUCAAAGACAAAAACGAGAAAGAGAAACUGUACGUUAUUAAUAGUUAUAAACACUGUGCGGGAAAAAGUAUCGUUCCGUCGACCUUGACCUUCGAUAAGGACCCGGACAAUUUUACGACAAAGUUUAACAAUGAGUUUUUGUGCUCAUCAACACCCCGGCAAGGCGCUAGACAGCUAAUGUUAUCAAAUAUCCAGAACAUAUCGACAGACAGUAUCAAUAAUAAUGUUUGAUUAGUGUUGUUAGCAAAUUUAAUAGUAAUUUUAGCAAAAAGUAUAAAUAAUAAUCUGUAUUUGUUGUGUGGAUUAAUUUUCGCGGCACAGUUGUCAUGUGAGCAUGAAAAACAUAGACUGAGAUUAAGAUGCACUGACCGUGUUGUUAAUAUUUUCAUACAUGUUUUUUAUAUAAAUUUUCUUUUCAUUAACAUUCUACAAAAAUGUCGAUGUAUCAAAUGUGCUUAAGUAAUUUAUAAGUGUAUUUGUAUUGUAAUGCUAUUGUAUGAAUUAUCUAGUCAGAUAUCUCUUUAUAAUUGAAAUAUUCGGCAUUGUGUAUAUGUAUAUAUAUAUAUAUAUGGUUUGUAAUGUCCAUGUAUAUGCGCUGCUACUUCGAUUUGCAUAAUACUCAAAUAUUGAAUAUUUAGU